CUUAACUUUCUGGACUUUGCUUUCAGUUCUCACUCCUCAAAUCACCAGAUCUUGACGAAGAGAAGCUUUCAAUCUGAAGCCAUGGCCCUGAUCUUGCACGCACGCAAAACAAACAAAAAUACAUACAAGAUAUUCAUAACAGCAGAGUAUAGUGGUGUGGAAGUUAAAUUGGCACCAAAUUUUGAGAUGGGUGUUUCUAAUAAAACUCCUCAAUAUCGCAAGAUGAACCCUAUUGGCAAGGUUCCUGUGUUGGAAACUGCAGAUGGUCCAAUCUUUGAGAGUAAUGCUGUUGCUCGCUAUGUUGCUCGAUUAAAACCUGACAAUGCUUUGUACGGGUCUUCUCUCAUUGUUCACGCUCAAAUUGAACAGUGGAUUGACUUCUCCACAUUAGAGAUUGAUGGCAAUAUUAAUGAUUGGUAUAGGCCAAGAAUGGGACAAGCCCCUCAUCAUCCUCCGGUUGAGGAAUUUAAAAUUUCAGCAUUGAGGAGAGCACUAGGGGCGUUGAACACUCACCUUGCUUCUAACAAGUAUCUGGUUGGCCAAUCUCUGACGUUGGCUGACAUUAUUAUGACUUGCAAUUUGUACAGAGGUUUCACUCGCCUCAUGACCAAGAGCUUCACUUCAGAGUUUCCUCAUGUUGAGAGAUACUUUUGGGCCUUGGUCAAUGAGCCCAAUUUCCACAAGAUCAUUGGUGAGGUUAAGCAGACUGAGGCUACUAUACCUAUAUUGCCUCAACAGAAGCCCAAAGAAUCUGCCAAGCAGGCCCAACCAAAGUAGGUCCAAUAAGAGAUUGAGAAGCCCAAAGAAGAGGCAAAAGAGGAGGAGCGAUGCAUAAGCCUCAUGAAAAGUUAGUCUUAGUUGGAAGGGUGUUUAAUUAACCGUGAGGUGUCUUUGUUGAGUAGAACUUAGUUUCUUGUUAACUU